UUUCUCACUGUAAUUAUAAACUGCUUCGCGGCCCGGAUAAAAGUGCCCAGUGGGCCAAAUUUGGUCCGUGGGCCCUAGUUUGCCCACGUCUGAUCUAUCUAUCAUAGCUAUAAUUAAUGUGCACAGUUCGAAUAGGUUUUCAGGUACUUAUUUGUUUUCUUUUUCAGAAUAAGUGGCUUAAAGCAAGAAAUACUAAAUAUGGAUAUAAGAACUGAAAUAAACAUAUCUGAAGAUAAAAUCCUGAGCUCCCAGUUCAAGUCUACAAACUGCUGUACACCUGCCACUGUCCGUGUUGAGGACGACUUACUAGAUCGUUUGGAAGAUAGUACAAAACUAGUGGGUGUUCAAGUGAUCUUGAUUUUGGCUUACAGCACCAUCAUCGUCUUUGGUGUGACUGGGAACUCCUUGGUUAUAUAUGUGGUGUACAACUUUAAAAACUUACACACUGUUACUAAUUAUUUCAUCACCAACUUGGCUGUGGCCGACUUGUUGGUCAACACACUGUGUUUACCUUUUACUUUGAUGUACACACUGUAUGGAGAGUGGAAAUUUGGACAGGUAAUGUGCUACCUGCUGCCAUUUGCACAAGGCUUAGCUGUGCAUGUUUCGACCAUAACACUCAAUGUUAUAGCGCUGGACAGGUAUCGUAGCAUCGUCCAUCACAUGGAAACCAAGAUGUCCAAAGACAUGUGCGUAGUCGUCAUUGUGGUCACAUGGGUUGUCAGCGCAAUCCUUGCCAGCCCUCUAGCGAUUUUUCGUGAAUAUGUAACCUUUAACCUAACGCCUGAGCAGUCGAUUCAGGGUUGUGCCGAAAAGUGGCCUGGAAGCAGUGCGAAUGGAACAAUUUACAGCAUUGCAAUGUUUUUUCUGCAGUACGGCCUUCCAUUAUGUAUCAUUUCAUUUGCGUACACUCGGAUCUGGAACAAGCUUCGAAAUCACAUUAGCCCUGGCGGUGGCCGUAGCGACCGACAUCAGCGGCGACAGAAAACAACAAAAAUGCUGGUCGCUGUGGUUGUGGUCUUUACUGUCAGCUGGUUGCCCUUUCAUGCCUUUCAGCUGGCUGUGGAUAUUGAUAGCAGUCUAUUAGAAAUGAGAGACUUCAAAUUGCUCUAUACAGCUUUCCAUAUUGUUGCAAUGUGCUCCACCUUUGCCAACCCUAUUCUCUAUGGCUGGAUGAACAGGAACUAUAGAGGAUCAUUUGUGGCUGUGUUCAAGUGUGCCAGGUUAAAUAAUAGGAUGAGAAGGGUUUGUAGCAGAGAUGCAGUGAGGAAAAAAUGUAGGGCAAGAGAUAAGCAAAAUUCAAUCAGUGUUACCUUUAAGCAGGUAAACACACUGUAAUGACCAUUUGCUUUUAGAAACGCCACAAAUAAUUAACAUAAGGAUAAAGAUGUAAUUUAUUUAAUAAGGGAAAUGAAAAUGUUUGCAAAAUCUGCAAUGUUAUUUUUAUUUUUAAAGAAAAAGUAAAAAAUUAUAGUUUGUUUUUAUUUAGUCCUGAAAAAUAUUUCACAGAUUGACACAGAUGUUGUCCAAACGUUUACAUACACCUGGCUCUUAAUGCAUCAUGUUUGACUUUUUGAGCAUCAGUGAAUGCUUGUAGCUUUACAAGUCUCAUGUAUCAAUCUUCAAUCUGAAAAGAUGAAUCUUAACAACGCAUAACCAAAGCUGGAAACAAAUAUUGUUGGAAACAUGCAAAAUAUGCUUGAAAAGCAAAGAAUGUGCUGGACCUUAUAAAGGCUAAUCUGCGGUUUGAUGGCUCAGGACAAACAAGGGACUCAUAAGGCCAAUUCACAAUGAUCCAACAAACCCCAACAUACGCUGAAUGUUGGGGUUUGCUGGAGUUGGUUUUUGUUGGACCAGUGUGAAGUCGCCUUAAACAACUAUCACAAAACAUAAAAACAAACAUUGACCAUCCAAGCAACAUUGUGCAGUAUUAAGAAUCAAGGGUAUGUAAAUUUAAGAACUGGGUUAUUCUUUUAAACGUACACACACCUAAAGGAUUAUUAGGAACACCUGUUCAAUUUCUCAAUAAUGCAAUUAUCUAAUCAACCAAUCACAAGGUAGUUGCUUGAAUGCAUUAAGGGGUGUGGUCCUGGUCAAGACAAUCUCCUGAACUCCAAACUAAAUGUCAGAAUGGGAAAGAAAGGUGAUUUAAGCAAUUUUGAGCAUGGCAUGGUUGUUGGUUCCAGACGGGCCGCUCUGAAUAUUUCACAAUCUGCUUAGUUACUGGGAUUUUCCCGCACCACCAUUUCUAGGGUUUACAAAGAAUGGCGUGAAAAGGAAAAACAUCCAGUAUGCGGCAGUCCUGUGGGUGAAAAUGCCUUUUUGAUGCUAGAGGUCAGAGGAGAAUGGGCCGACUGAUUCAAGCUGAUAGAAGAGCAACUUUGACUGAAAUAACCAUUCGUUACUACCGAGGUAUGCAGCAAAGCAUUUGUGAAGCCACAACACGCACAACCUUGAGGCGGAUGGGCUACAACAGCAAAAGACCACACCGGGUACCACUCAUCUCCACUACAAAUAGGAAAAAGAGGCUACAAUUGGCAUGAGCUCACAAAAAUGGGAUAGUUGAAGACUGAAAAAAUGUUGCCUAGUCUGAUGACUCUCGAUUUCUGAAUGAGAACAUGGAUCCAUCAUGCCUUGUUACCACUGUGCAGGCUGGUGGUGGUGGUUUAAUGGUGUGGGGGAUGUGUUCUUGGCACACUUUAGGCCCCUUAGUGCCAAUUGGGCAUCGUUUAAAUGCCACGGCCUACUUGAGCAUUGUUUCUGACCAUGUCCAUCCCUUUAUGACCACCAUGUACCCAUCCUCUGAUAGCUACUUACAGCAGGAUAAUGCACCAUGUCAUAAAGCUUGAAUCAUUUCACAUUGUUUUCUUGAACAUGACAAUAAGUUCACGGUACUAAAAUGGCCCCCACAGUCAUCAGAUCUCAACCCAAUAGAGCAUCUUUGGGAUGUGGUGAAACGGGAGCUUCGUGCCCUGGAUGUGCAUCCCACAAAUCUCCAUCAACUACAAGAAGCUAUCCUAUCAAUAUGGGCUAACAUUUCUAAAGAAUGCUUUUGGCACCUUGUUGAAUGUUGAAUUAAGGCAGUUCUGAAGGCGAAAGGGGGUCAAACACAGAAUUAGUAUGGUGUUCCUAAUAAUCCUUUAGGUGAGUGUACGGUAUAUACAGUAUAUAUAAAAUUAAAUCUCGAUACUGUAUGUUGGGUAAAACUUAAAUAAACUUAAAAAACCAAAAUAUUUUCCAAAAAUUACAUUAAAAAGAUUUUGUCAUCCUUCACUCAUUCCCAUGUUGCUUCAGCUUUUCUCUCAAAAAAAUAAAGAGAUAAUACAUAUGCAAACCAAAGGCU